AUGAGCUCGCCCGAAGCAGGACCCAGCACUGCGCCUGCACAAGCACCGCCAGUUUUCAAAAAACGCGGCAAAUUAACGGGCGCCGCCACAUCCCGCAUCUCUCGCAGCGUCAUCGAUGACGAGCAGCCACCUCCCACCUCCCUCCAUCACGGAGCAGGGCAAGAAGCAGCACGCGACGACGACGACGACGACGAGCAACAUCAGAUCUCUGUGCAGGACCUGAUCGCACUCCGGUCGCUCUCGCGCAAACCGACGGGGAUCGAGCUGGAGCGACUCAACCAGGGCGAGAAGAAGAAGCGCAAGACGGCGCAGCCAACGGCACAAUCACAGACGCAGGAAGAGCGGUGGGCACAGCAGAUGAAGCGCGGGGGAUUAGUAGGCAACAAUGGCUCGUCUACACCAAUAGCGGCGGCGGCGGCAGCAGCAGACGGAGAAGGAGGAGACAGCGACGACGAAGCAAGCAGUGGCAAACCGCGCCGUUUGGUUCGCAAGAACAACUUCCAGCUCGAAACGGGCACCGUCGACGUCGACAAGCACAUGAUGGCCUACAUCGAGUCCGAGAUGGCCAAGCGCACUGGAGCUUCCUCCACCUCCACCACCGCCAUCGAAGCAUCCACGAUCCAAAGCGCACUCGCCAACCCGCACGACCAACUCUACACGCUCGCCGAAGAGUACCGCCAGCUGCAGCGCUCGCUGCAACCGCAACAAACCCAGGAAGAACGCGAAGGCAACGUUGCGCUCUCGGCCGCCAUGCUCACCUCGAUCCCCGAAGUCGACCUCGGCAUUGAUAGUAGAAUGAAAACCAUCCAGCAGACCGAAGCGGCCAAACGCAGCCUCCUCGCCAAAACACACCCGACAAAUGGCGGCUUGGCCGACGACGAGGCGUUUGCAAGUGCGCGCUUCCAGUAUGCCAGGCCCAGGCCGAAUGCGGAUGCGACAAGGAACGGUGGCGAGAGGAAGCACAUGGCCACGGACCAGGCCGUAUUGGAUCGAUUCAAGAAGCGACAGCGCAACUUUCGUUAG